AUGGGAAUUUAUCUUUACCGGCUCAAAGAAAACCUAAAACCUAGAGGCAGUAAAGUUAUAAUGCCAUUCGCUUUCAUAGGUGACGAAGCAUUUUCCUUGCGCUGCGACUUUUUAAAACCAUUUGGUCAGAAAGAACUUAAUCAUGACCGAAACAUUUUUAAUUAUCAGCUUUCACGAGCAAGAUGUAGAGUUGAAAAUGCUUUUGGCAUACUGAGUGCGCGUUUUAGAAUAUUUCAAGGAGCGAUUUCCAUUAGUUCAGAAGGAAUUGAAAAAGCAGUCAUGGCCGCCUGUGUUUUACAUAAUUAUUUAAGACGAAAAUGUGGAACUGCAUAUGUACCAGAAGAUAACGUUUACAGUGAAAAUAUACAAUAUGGCACAAUAUAUUUAGGAAUAGAAAGCACUGGAAUUACAAGACUGCAGCGCGGUUACAAUCGAGGGAGUAACAAUGAAGCAAAACAAGUUAGACUACUGUUUACGAAUUACUUCUGUCAUGAGGGUGCUCUGAGCUGUCAAGAUAAAAUGAUACAGUAAUAGUCGUCACAACAGA